UGUUCAUUUUCAUCAUUUCGUUGUUUCUUUUCCAGACAUCAAAUCAAACCAAACACUACCAAAUUUCUCUUCCCUUCCCAGACACUCUUCCUAACCAAUAAUCAUCUAUGUUUUUUUCUUCUUCUUUUUUAAGAAAACAUUAGAAAUCUGUCUGGAUCCUGUUUUUGCGUUUUGGAUCACAGAUUUGAUCAUGCUGGAUUUUAUUUCCUCACCCUUUAACUUAACGCAUCUUUUUAAUUUGACUUGUUUUUUAUUUUCUUCGCAGAGCUUCAACAACAACAUCUUCUUACGUUUCUGAGUCCUAAGCAAGCAUUUUUGUGUGUUCCUCCCCCUCCCGUCAGGUGCUAGACUUCUAGGAAAAUCAGAUGUAUCACGGUAAAUUUUCCCUUACACCCAAGAAUGAAGUCAAGGACUUGACAGGUUCAAGUUUUCCCAGUUACAAACAUAGCAGUCAGCUGGAUCCCAUAGAUGUUUCUUCAUCUUCAGAUGAUGAAAAUGACCUUCCUAAUGAUGAUGUGUCUAAUCAAUUAGUCCUUUAUGAUCCUGUGGCGAAUGGAAACAAUGCAAUUGAACUUGCACCUGAUCCUCUCCAGUGUGAACCUCCAUUGCUUCCAAGAAGCAAACCUUCACAUUCAGUUCCUAGAGCUUUGCCUUCAGUUGGUGUUUUCACUGUUCAAUGUGCAUCCUGCUUGAAAUGGAGGUUGAUUCCAACAAAGGAAAAAUAUGAAGAAAUACGUGAACAUAUCAUUGAACAACCUUUUGUUUGUCAAAAAGCUCGUGAGUGGCGACCUGAUGUAUCUUGUGAUGAUCCAGAGGAUAUUUCUCAGGAUGGCAGCAGGGUUUGGGCCAUUGAUAAGCCAAACAUUGCACAGCCUCCAGCUGGAUGGGAGCGACUGCUAAGGAUCAGAGCUGAAGGAAGCUCCAAAUUUGCAGAUAUAUACUAUAUAGCACCAUCAGGCAAGAGAUUGCGCUCAAUGGUAGAGGUCCAGAAGUUCUUGAUGGAGCAUCCUGAGUAUACAAGAGAUGGGGUAACUCUUUCACAGUUCUCAUUUCAAAUUCCAAGGCCGUUACAAGAAAACUAUGUGAGGAAGCGCUCCGCUAGACUUACCUCUUCUUAUGAAGUCAGCGAGCCUGUUGAACAUCAGCAAGUGAGUCCUCUAGCAUGGGUAGAUCCAGAAGGGUGUGGUGGAAGACUGGGGCUUCCUCCCCCCCCAUUCAUGGGAUCCCAUGAUCUUGACACUACUAUCAAUAUGAGUAUCAGCCGUCCUGCAAAGAGGCAAGCAACUCAUAAAGGUUUCCUGUAGUAAGAUGGACCCUCAUCAAAUCUCUAAAUUAAAUAUCCUUUUGUGUUAUGUGCAGUCGAUUGCAUCUUACUUACUUACAAAUAGAGAAAUGGUUUAUCUUUUUUAAUAGAAUAGGGCAUUUUAGAUGUAAUGAGCUUGCGGAAAACUGUGUAGAGACAGUCCACUUGUCCUAUAAUUAGUUAUUGAGGAGAUCAAUACCUUGGUAUUCCUGGUAAAAAUGUACUAUUUUGCAUCUGUGGAAUUUUCUGGGAGAAUCUUUUGUACAAAAGGAUUGCAUCUUACUUACUUACAAAUAGAGAAAUAGUUUAUCCUUUUUAAUAGAAUAGGGCAUUUUAGGUGUAAUGAGCUUGCGGAAAACUGUGUAGAGACGGUCCACUUGUCCUAGAAUUAUUUAUCGAGGAGAUCAAUACCUUGGUAUUCCUGGUAAAAAUGUACUAUUUUGCAUCUGUGGAAUUUUCUGGGAGAAUCUUUUGUACAAAAGGGUGCCUGCCCCAAGAGAACAUGUUAGACUCAAGUAAUAUUCUGAUCUGAAAUAUGGUGAUUCAGCAAGAGGGUAAUUUGCUCUUAA